AUGCGGUCACGUGACCUGCGUGCGCGGCUCCUCGCGCUUGCCCUGGCCACCCUGGUUGCUGUUGAGGCAGAAGCUCCUCCUCCUCCAGGGGACGCCUUCGCAAGCCGCCCUGGGCCUGAGUUUCAGCCGGAGCUCCAGUUGGAGGCCUGCGAGGCCGUGGGCGCCGAAAAGCUGGUCGACUGGUGCCGCGGGGAGCUACUGCUUCCUGGCUGCUUCCGCGUGGAGUCUGUGCCGGAUGAGCUGCCUGCCAGCUGCCAGCUGCGGGGCCCGAAUGCCACCGGCGAGGCUGCGUCGCUGCUGGGCAACGGUCAAAGUUUGGUGGGCGGCGAAAUUUUCCUGACCGGCCAGCUGCGCCUCGAAUCCUUGCGCCUGCAACUCACCGGGUCCCUGACGUUGGAAGAUGCGCAGGUGCUGAUGUCGGGCAAUGAGACCACUGAGGAGGGCGGAGCUUUCUCUGCUGGCAGUGUCGCCACAAUCAGGAGGUCAAAUUUAACAGUCCUGAUGUCCCACAAUCAGACAAGCGAGGUGGAGCACGGCGGCGCCUUCUCAGCCGGCACCGUGACGCUGAGGAGAUCGAGUUUGACGGUGGAGGGGACGACAAGGGCGCAGGUUGGGGGUGGCUUCUAUGCGGACAACCUGACACUCUCGCAAGGCUCGAACUUGUCCAUCUCUGGAAGUUCUGCAAGUGGUGAUGGUGGAGGCUUCUUCGUGAAUGGAUCGGCUGUCGUGGAUGGGUCUUCCAUUUCACUACGAGACACCCAUGCCACCGUGGAUGCUGGGGGCUUCGGGGUCAUGCUUGGCCUGCAGCUGAAAGAUGGAGCAUCCCUAUGGAUUUCAGACUGCUCGGCUGGGCGUGACGGUGGUGGUUUCAUUUCUAUGGGAGAUUUGCGACUCCAGGACUCCAUGCUGCACAUUCAGAAUGUCAGCGCUGGAAGAAUGUGUGGUGCCCUCUGCGUUGAGGACAAGAUGAUGCUGGAGGCGUCCAACCUCACGGUUGAAGGCACCUCGGCCGUCAGUUUCGGCAGUUUCAUGGCUGGGGAGACGAAGUUGCUGCAUUCGAACCUGCAGAUCAUUGACAGCCGUGCAGGGGAGGACCUCCCUGCACAGGACAGCAUACUGAACGAAAUGGUGGGUUUUGUUGGCGGGUUCCUCAUCCAUGGUGGCCUCACACUGGAUGCUUCUUCAAUGACUCUGCUUCACGUGCGCGGUCGGAUGAUUGGAGGCUUCUCGGUUCCUGAUGGCCUGGAGCUGAAGGGCUCGCGUGUGACCGUCCAGCACGCUCACGCAACGCAAGACUACGGAGCGGUGUCCUCAUUGGGCGCAAUCCUCAUCUCAGAGGGUUCCUCACUGCAUGUCUCUGACUGCUUUGCUCGUGGCUCGUCAGCUGGGGUUUUCGCGAAGGGCAGCAUGCGUAUCACCGGCGGGUCGACCGUUCGCAUUCAGCGGGUCUCUUCUGCUGUGGCUUCCGGCGUCUUCGCCUGGGGCGAUGUGGUUCUGACAGGCGGUUCUCUUCUGCAAAUCGCCCAUGCCUUUGCUAGCGGAUCCGCUGAGCUGUUUGGCGAUUGCGGGGGCUUGCUCACCUUGGGACUUUUGCAGGUUCUCAGCAGCUCUGCCGUUCGCAUAGAGCACGCAAGAGCCCUGGAUUCUGCGGGAGGCUUUCGAGCUCAGGCUGUUGUCAUAGCUGAUGGGUCCUUGCUCCUCUUGCGUAACACCUCCGCAGAGGGUUCCGGGGGAGGGUUCUAUGCUAGUGGAGCCGUGAAGGUGAGCAACAGCUCAAACAUCAGCAUUCAAGAUGCCACAGCCGGUAUUGAUGGUGGGGGCUUUGUUGGCAUCGGGGGCCUGCAGGUGUCAAGCCGGUCUGUGAUCGAGAUUUCAGAUACCACGUCCGAGGAUCAAGGAGGCGGCUUCACCACAAGUGGCUUCGUGAUGGUCACCGGCGGAUCCCGCAUCAGAAUCUCUAACGCUCGGGCUGUGUCAUUGGGAGGGGGGUUCUUUGCGAAGGGUAAUGUGACCAUUGCAAAGGGCUCGGAGCUCCUGAUCGACGGCGCCACUGCCGGCAGGGAUGGCGGAGGGUUCCAAGCCUCCAAGGUGGAGGUGUACGAUCAGUCCCUGCUGAGCAUCUCUGGUGCCAGGGCUCAUGGUGACGGAGGUGCGUUUGCUGCGGCAAGCUUUGCAGUUUGGGACUCGAGCCUCAUCAUCAGAGACUCAGCAGCAGACUUCGGAGGCGGUUUUCACAGUAUGGGCGAUGUGCUGAUUUCAAGGAGCUCCUUGCACCUUGCCCGGUGCCGCGCAGCAGGAGAAGGCGGAGGCUUCAACGCACAGGCGACCCUGCGGGUCAUCGAGAAUUCCACAGUGGAUCUGCAGGACGUGACAGCUGCGCGGGGGGGAGGUUUCGUCUGCUUGGGUCGAGUGGAGAUCCAUGCCUCGAGCCUGGAGGUGGCAGGAGCUGCUGCAGAGAUGAAAUCGGGAGGAGGGUUCCAAGCGGACACCUUGGUGGUGAAUGCUUCUAGGCUGCGCAUCAGCAACAGCACAGCGCGAAAAAGUGGCGGAGGUUUUCUUGCUCAGGAUGUCAUCCUCACGGCGUCCGAAGCAACAUUCGCCGAUGUAGCUGCUGGGGGGGAUGGGGCAGGCUUCAAUGCCCAAGCCAAUCUGCGCAUUGAGGACUCCGCAGUCAGCAUCCGGAACGCCAAUGCCAGCAGAGUCGGGGGAGGUUUUAAGACCAUGUUUGCAACGUAUCUCCGGAAGGCUGAGCUGAGGAUUGUGCAGGCGGUUGCAGGCAAGGGUGGCGGCUGUUUCAACACCCACAAGCUGGAGCUUUCGGACGCGAUGCUGGAGGCUUCCGAGUGCGUGGCACACGUCAAUGGCGGCGGCUUCCACGCUGACGACGUGACGCUGUCUCGGGCUCAGGUGCGCAUCUCCGGCAGUGCUUUAGAACGGGGCGGCGGCUUCUUCGCUCAGAAGCUCGAGGCCUGGAACUCGGAGCUGUGGGUUGCCGGCCUGGACAGCAUGGCUCAGCCGGCUAAGCCUGGAGCCGACGCUGUGCUUGGCAGCGGAGCCUUUGUGGGUGGGCCGUUGCGCCUUGCGAAUUCUGCAGUUCACCUACACAACCUCUGGGGGAAGAGCGCCCUGGCAUCCCGCUGUUUGCUGCUGAACCAGUCCACGCUGUCGCUGGACGCCGCCACCGAGGUGGGCAUCUCCGUGCAAAAUGCGCUUUGUUCCUGCCACGCUACGCAUGUUGCUGGUGUGGACUUUCCGUCGCUCCGCCUGGAGGGCGCUUUGGUUGGCAUGGGCGUCUCCUCUGCGCUGCUGUCCGUGGAGCCCUGCGGCAACGAGACCCUGGAGAUCGCGCAUGUGCACUUCAGGAGGUCGCAAGCGGCUGUUGCAAAGACCACAGCACACACUCGCCUCCGGAACAUCACUGUCGAGUACCUGGAAGCCAUCCAUGAGAUCCAGUUGCUGACCGCCCCGAGCUUUGAAGCCGAAACUGUGCAGGUGUCCUGCCCUGCCUGUGCCCAGGGCGUGACCUUUGCUUCAGCAAUCGCUGGCCUUCGCGCAGUGAGCCCUCCAAGUCUCCACUGCGAGAAAACGGCCUUGCUGAAUGGCACCACCGCACGCUGCGGCUGCUUCUUUCCACAGCAGGUCCCAGACAAGCACUACGGCGAUGACGUCGAGGUGUCGGAGACAGGAAGCUACUGCAUGUACUGCCCAUCACACUUCCAAGCUCGUGGCGAGGACUGCGAGAAGUGCCCCUUGCACAAGGCCUGGUCGGAGGGCACCGGGGACCCUUGCGUGGCCCUGCCGGUACAAGCAGAGCUGUGGCUGCUGCUGCUGCUGGCUGCAGUGGUCUUCGUCCUCUUGGCCGCCACAGCUUUCGAGGUCCUUUGGGCUCCGCUGGCGGUGGUGGAUGCGCACACGCUUGAAGGCGAAGGGCUGCUCGUGACGGUGCAAGGCCCCGUCUGCCACUUGCCGAAGCUCUUGGUGAACUACAUCCGCAGCGAGGUCUCCUACGACUUCCACGGCACCGGCUUCUCCUGGCUGGACUCCAAAAAAACCACUGGGAAAGUGAAGAGCUUAAGACGCUGCAAGCUGCAGCUGCCGCUGCAGCCCGAGCAGCCGCCCUACACCUGUGCGACCAGUAAAGGGUUCUUACGGGUCAACAGUGGCUACAAGAAGAUGCUCCUGCAGUUUUGGAUUCUACUUUGUUUGCUGCUCCUUGUUCCCACCGUCCUGGUGGUAGCAAGCCUCUCCAAGAACGGACCUUGGCAUGUGCUGGUGACGGGAGGCUACUUCGUCCUGCCGUUGGUG